AUGCUUCUUCCCAUCAUCAUCACCACUCUCCUUCUUUUAGACUCAUGGAGCCAAGGCACUCUAACCGCCCGGAUACAGAUGGAUAACGUGCUCGGAUCUGUAACUAUAAAUACAAACACAUGGACUCUCAGGACGGAUCUGUCUGGUACAUGUGGAUCUGUCAACAUCUCCAUACACAAGUUUCCGGUGAUCUAUGGAGCAUCUCAGGAUCCUUGUCACAUUGACCACCUUGGUCAGUCUUGUUAUGAUCUCUCUAUCAGUGGAAUGACACAGGUGGCAAUUGAUCCAAACAUCAGGUAUGACACAUGCUCCCUAGUUUUGAAGACCUGUGGUCGGCAGACAUGUGUAAAUCUGGAGACCGGCUCUCAAAGUGCUUGGAAAGCCAUUGUCCAGUCUUUCAUUAUAGGACAAGUCUACUUCCUGCAGUCAUCAAAUCGGCAGCCAAUCACAGCUGUGGUGGAGUUAGCACUGCUGGAAGGGAUGGCUUACCUCAAUGCCUCUCUCUUCUUCUCAGACACCUGCCAGGUAAAUAAUGGCCAGCUUUUAGGAAAUGUCGAAGUUGGGCACCACCAAAAGCUUGCUAAGAGCCGCCUGGAGCUGACCACUGUUGGUGUGAUGCCCUAUCUUGUGAUAAAACACCAGGAGAGAUGGGCAUGUGCAGAGGUGAGGUCCAUACAGCCUAAGGCGGCUUCAGCAGAAUUCGGCAUGCAAGGUAUUAAUGGAUCCUUUAGCUUCAGGCAAGAGUCACCCUUCCACCCCACUCAACUUUCCAUAAACCUAUGGAGGUUCCAGGGGGCUGCUGCCCAGUACAGAAUCCACUCUCUACCUAUCCUGGCUCGCAAACAGUCGGACCAGAACUUGUGUGAUGAAGCAAACACAGGAGAUCUCUGGAAUCCUUUCUCAGUGGGAACAGCAACAGUUAGAAGCGGCCACAGUUCAUGGCAGAUUGGAGACUUGAGCGGGCGGCAUGGCACUCUGCAGGGUCACGAGGGAUUUAGCGCUGUCCUAACUGACUGGAAUCUUCCACUUUAUGGCAAAAAUAGUGUUAUUGGCCGUUCUGUCCUAAUAUCGAAAGCUAGUGGGGAACCGUGGGCGUGCAGCACCAUAAAUUUGGAAGGAGAAGUUGUUACCGCACUUGCAUCUUUCCGUAAGGGCGUGGUGGGCAGGAUAAUGCUUCAACAGGCUCCAAGCGAUCCCUACAAUGACCUCACUGUGUACAUUGAGCUCUCCCAUGUCUCUGACAAGAUUAGCAAAAACCAUAACUGGCACAUCCACCAAUUUCCACUCUCGUCAGAGUCUGAUACCUGUGCCAGUGCUGGAGGACACUUCAACCCGUACAAUGUACCAAUUGAUGGGAACUACAGCCAGGAGUGCAAACCAAGCAACCCCCUGCGAUGUGAGGCUGGAGACUAUGCCGGAAAGCAUGCCCCCAUUACCCUUCUUGCCCCUUCUCCGGCUCGCUAUUUAUUUACUGACUCUUUAACUUCACUUACAGGACCAAUGUCUAUCAUAGGGCGGUCAGUGGUCAUACAUGGACCUGAAGGGGUGUCUCCACGUGUGGCCUGUGCCAAUAUCCUUCUCCAGGCAGUCUCCGAAGGUAGAACCAGUCUUUGGCUUGGGUCUGGUAAUGCCGGAGGAGAGUUGAAGGCCUCGCAGGUCUCUGAUUUUAUGCCUACAGUGAUUGCCAUCGAUUUCCAUGGACUGGAAGGCCUUGCUGGAGGCUUCCACAUCCAUGAGCUUCCAGUGACUGAAGAGUCCGGCAGCCCGUGUUCAUUUGAGCAGAUUCAAGGUCACUUCAACCCCUUCAAUGUAAAUAUUUCCAGCUCUCCAGCAGCCGGUAAUGGAACCGAUGAUGAAUAUGAGGUGGGAGACAUCAGUGGGAGGCAUGGCUCCUUACUAAGCCUGGACCAUCAGACCGGACAAUUCAAAGACACCAACUUUCCUCUGUCUGGUCCACUCAGCGUGCUCGGCCGGUCUUUGGUCAUUCACUAUGUCAAUGGGUCCAGAAUGCAUUGUGCCACCUUCCAGCGCCAACAGUCGUCCGGUGGGGCGUGGGUGCGAGCCACAGCGGAAUUUUCCGGAAACAUCCGCGGAAGAAUUUCCCUGAGUCAGAUUGUGUAUCCGAAUGGAGGAUCCAGCGACACCACCAUCAUGGUAGAUCUGCAGCCAGUCUCCCCGGAGAAGAGCCUCAGCUGGUCCAUCCAGACUGGAGAAGGCGGAGGAACGACGUUCAAUCCGUAUGAAAUACCCAAUCAGGGAGGGAACUGGUCUUGGUGUGGCCCCCAGGAGUCCCUGCACUGCAGGGUCGGAGAUCUAAUGGGAAAACAUGGACCGAUAUCCACUAGGAACCGGGUGAUGCUCACUGACACCCACCUACCUCUGGCCGGAGACUUCACAGGUCAGCUCUGCGGGACGCUGUGUCUGGAGCUCUGCGAGUCCCUCCCUGGAAACUCUACCACUAAUGUUAUCCGUGGAUGGAAAUUUCCUGAAUUCCCUCAGAAGGAGAAAACUCUGCGGGACGCUGUGUCUGGAGCUCUGCGAGUCCCUCCCUGGAAAGUGACCUUCUUACCGCAACCCGAGGAAAAGAGCGCUUGUCAGCGAGUGGAAUUCUUCAUCAUCG